AAGAUUUCCGUUAACAUUGACCAAUUUUCAACAUCGCCUGUGUUUUACAGAGUCGUUUAGAAGAAGAAAAUCAAAAUGUCACGGUUUGUAUGUCUCUGUCGGACCUUACCAACUUGUGCUGCAAGAACAAUGCCUGUCAGUAGGAAACUAUGCCCACUUGCUGCUGUGAGCUCAGUAAGACUUACUGCGCCCCUAAUUCAGCUGGACACUACCUGUUGGGUGGAUAAUCGAGCGUUCUCUCUGAGUACACAAUGCAUGAAGAAAGGAAACACAAAAGCCAAAAAGCAGAUGAAACGGAAGUCAAAAGUAGCCUCCAUAGAGGAAGAGGAUGAGGUGGAACCAGAAGUAGAAAAGCUGGUUAACAUUGAAGAACUAUCAGAAGAAAUGGAGAAUGCCCUGGGACACAUGCAGAAGGAAUUUAUUAAAAGUGUUUCUUUAAGACCAUCAGCAGCUCAAUACGAAAAUUUAUCAAUCGAGACCCCGCAUGGAAAAUUUCCUCUCAAUCAGAUAGCCCAGGUUGCCAUCCAGGGACCAGUGGUCAUCAUAAACAUGGCUGUAUCUCCACAGUAUGUUAAAGAUGUGGAUGAUGCCUUGAGGAAAGGACUAAAUGUAAAUCCCCAGAUAGAUGGAACAACAUUAACACUCCCUGUGCCAAAUGGCCUAGUGGUUAGGCUGUCUGACUCUCAACCAAAAGGUCAUGGGUUCGAGUCCUGGCCACGGCAGGGCCGACGUUUUGUUUUUGGGAAAGGCACUUUACACGAAUUUCCUCACUCCACCCAAGUGUAAAAGGGGUACCUGGCUAUAGACAGUGAAAGAAUAACCAAAGAAUAUAGACAAGAGAUGGUGGAAAGGGUGAAAACAAUAGCAGAAAAUUCAAAAGAAGUUAUAAGGCAUAUUCGUUCCAAGUAUGUGAAAAAACUCAAUUCUGUAAAAGGAGAUGAAUCUAAAGACA